AUGAAGUCGAACAUUGCAGUUGCUGCUGGCCUUUUGGCCUCUUCUGCGCUGGCCACGCCUGCACCCGCGCAGUCAAACUGGAGCGCGGACCAGGACAAGAUCAACAAAAAAGUUGAUGCGCCGUUUGGCUACAAGGCUGGCUCGGACAAGUCAAUUGCCAAUCUGAAAAGCAAAGUGAAAAACGUCGUCUGGAUCCUGCUCGAGAACCGCUCGUACGACAACAUUCUCGGUGGCAUUAGGCACCCUGGUCUCGACAACCCGAUCAACAAUGGCGAGUACUGCAUUCCGCAGAAUCUCAGCGAGCCCAAUGGCAAGAAGUGGUGCACCAACAGCAAAGAUUUUGACUCGGUGCUGAAUGAUCCUGAUCACUCGGUUACCGGCAACAAUCUCGAGUUCUUUGGCCAGUUUGCGCCCGAUAAUGCCGAUGUGGCCAGCGGCAAGGUCAAGACCACCAACCGCGGUUUCGUCGAUAAGCAACUGCUUGGAUACCCGGACAUCACUCCUGAGACUGCUGCGAAGCAGGUCAUGAACUACUACAGUGAGGAGGAAGUGCCGGUUCUGAAGAACUUGGUUGAGGAGUUUAUCACCUUCAACUACUGGUUCUCCUGCAUUCCCGGACCCACCAACCCUAACCGUCUCUGCGCCACCGCUGGAACCUCAGACGGCCACGGUAAAAACGACAACGACUUUGACGUCUCAGCCAUUGACAUCCCCAGCAUCUUCGAAGUCGCCUCGAGCAAGAACAUCUCCUGGCUCAACUACGACGGCACCAACGGCGCAUUCCUUCCAGACAGUCUGUUCUUCAACUGGACCGCGUCCAAUGCAAAUGACAGCGUCGUGCCCAUUGAGAACUUCUUCCAGGACGCCUACCUCGGCCAACUCCCUCAACUCUCGUACCUGAACCCGUCAUGCUGCGGCGCAAACACCAACUCCAUGCACCCCAACGGCAACGUCUCGUACGGCGAGAUCUUUGUCAAGCAAAUCUACGAAGCCCUGCGCAAUGGCCCCCAGUGGGAGGAUUCGCUGCUUCUGCUGACCUACGACGAGACUGGUGGAUUCUUUGACCAUGUGCCUGCACCCGCUGCCGUGAGGCCCGAUAACAAGACAUACACCGAGACUGCCGUUGAUGGAUCCGAGUAUACGCUGUAUUUUGAUAGGUUGGGAGGUCGUAUGCCGACGUUUUUGAUUUCGCCGUAUACCCCCGAGGGUCAUGUUGAGAAUUAUGGCGUUAAUCCGGCUACGGGCGAACAUGAGCCGUAUAGUGCUACCUCUGUGCUCAAGACGUUGGGCUAUCUCUGGGAUCUUGAGGAUUUGACGCCCCGUGUGUCCAACUCGCCUUCGUUUGACCACUUGAUCGGUCCCGUGCCGCGCUGGAAGGUCAACCAGCUGUCUGUGCCCAAGACUUUUUAG